AUUUUAUUGGUAACCACCUUGAUGAACUGUAUUUGACACGGAGACGGUGUGUGUGUGCGUUGGCGCACCAGCUUGAAUCUGCAGCUAACGAUGGACAAGCGUGAUGYGAAGACGCGAUUGGUGUACGCACUGUUGUUCGUGUCCAUGUUUUGCGGCGAACAAAUCACUGCCGAUUUCGGCGUCAGUGGUGGAGUACAAGUUGACACCAGUGAUGUUAGAGACGGUGGUUCGCCCGUGGCGGUAGUUGACUUGGCAGCGGCGGCGAACAGUAGCAGGAAGCAGAGAGUGCACCACCACAAACGCCAUUUGUCGAGAUCUUCAUCGGUGGUCGACAAUGCCCCGGGGAACGCACUGAUUAACGAGCUUGGAAAUCCGGACAACAUGUUCGUCACCGAAAAUGGCACCGUUGUCACGUCACAGAUCGGUGGCACCGCAAUUUUACCAUGCGCCACUGUCAAACCAGGCACAGCCACGGUGUCCUGGAUGAGACGGAUAGACUAUACAAUUUUAACAAUAGGAACGAAAAGUUAUAGUAGUGACAAAAGGUUUUAUGUAGACCACACCAGACAUUUAAAGACGUGGAACUUAGAAAUAACACCAGUGGAAGCAUCAGACGCGGGUUUAUACGAAUGUCGUAUAGCCACACAUCCAACGACCAGCAAUUUUGUACAUUUAAAAGUCACAGAGGCCAGAGCGGAAAUCCUUGGCUCRCCGGAUCUGUACAUUAUGAGCGGCAGCAGCUUAAGACUGGUAUGCCGGCUACAGGGGUCAACGCAAGCCCCGCUGUUCGUGUUCUGGUAUCAUUCCGAUCGGAUGAUCAAUUUUGACACAGAUCGGGGACUGGUCGUGCACAUCAACAGCACGGAAAGCGACCUGAUUAUGCCAUACACAAACACGUCGGACAGCGGUAAUUACACAUGUCAACCACAAAACAUAUCGCCGGCCACGAUUCACGUGCACGUGCUUCAAUCUGAAGUACCGGCGGCCAUGCAACACGGGGUCCGUAGCUCGACUUCGGGGUCAUUCGCCAUCUCCAAUUGUGCUAUAUUUACAUUAAUAUAUAUUCUUUUGCAAAUGUUAAGCUAAAAUGGACUGGAAAUUAGUGGGUCUUAACUAAUAUUAUAUAAAUACUAAAUAUUAAAUUAUA